AUGCAUGUCCUUGAUCAAUGGACGGUCAAUGGAACAGUGCAGCGUGUUUUAAAGACAUCUAGUAAUGAUGAUGAGUAUUUGGUUGAGGAUGAAGUAUUGUCAACUGUUCCGCAUGUUUUCAUUGGGACUUUUAUGUUGGUGGCAUUAUCAGCAUCCAUCCUCAGCAACAUGCUUGUCAUAAUGACUUAUAUAAGAUUCCGAAGUUUAAGGACGUCUUCCAAUCUGUUCAUCACCAAUCUAGCUGUUGCUGACCUCCUUAUGAGCUCAGUGGACUUUCCGCUGUUUGUUGCCUCCAGCUAUUCUUCCAGGUGGAUCUUUGGUUCUACAGUUUGUUUGAUGUAUGGAGCCACUACUGGUGUCGCAGGUUUGGUUACAAUUAAUACUCUGGCUGCUAUAUCUCUGGACAGAUUUACAGCAGUGGUGACUCGUCUUAACCCCCGUCAUGGACUUUCUAAAACUAAGACAAUUAUAUGCAUUAUCCUCAUCUGGGUAUACUCCGGGGCCUGGGCGUGCGCUCCGUUGUUUGGCUGGAGUAAGUACAUGCUGGAAAGAAUUGGAACAACUUGUACAUUUGACUACCUGACCCAAACGUGGAAAAACCGAUCCUUUGUUUUGUCAAUCCUCGUGGGCAACUUUGUUCUUCCUCUCAGUGUCAUCAUAUAUUCCUAUACGAGAAUACUAACAGCCAUGGCUUCUAUACGGAGAGGACUACAAAGCCAUUCUGCAGAAAUAUCAAUAGGAACUCGAAGACAACGGUACUUCUUCAAAGCCGAGGUGAAAACAACCAUCAUUGUUAUCGUCAUCAUCCUCUUUUUCUGUCUUUCAUGGAUGCCGUAUGUUAUCGUGGCUCUGAUUGGUCUAUUUGGAGACCAAUCGGUCAUCACACCACUGACGGCAGUCAUUCCAAGCAUUGUGGCCAAAACCUCUACUGUAUCUAACCCUAUCCUGUACUCAAUCAGCCAUCCUAAAGUGCGAAAGAGGAUCAAACGACUUUUUUCUUCCGUGUUCAGACAAGGAUCUCUGAGAAACUCUAAUAACAGCCCAUCACCUUCGCAGGAGGUUCCCCAGUUCUUUCUAUAAAUUGAAUAAAUGAGUGAGUGAGUGAGUGAGUGAAAGGUGUAUGUCAACAUGAUAAUUUUUUUCAGCAUUGUCAAAGAGAAGGAACAAGUAUUUUAAAACAAUGAAGGCUCUGAACGUAUUCUGAAGCGAAAUCUUAACCUUACAUCCGGGUCGACAAAGAUAUUAAAAUACUUUCAGGACUUGUAUUUUUGUAAAUAAAUAUUUGGAUCCUCGACCUUGGAAUAUUUAGCUCAGAACAUUCAAACAUCGAACAAAUGCUAGUCACAACGAAUGUAUUGUGAUGCAAGUUUGAAAUGUAUGAUGCAUCUUCAGGACUAGGGAUACCGAAACAGAACACGAGUGGCCAUGUCCUAUUCACACAAUGCCUUUUGUUUGAAAGCGAAAUGAUCCUGAUAGAAUAAUCCUGAGACUGAGUUCCCUCAAGGCACGUAUAACUGCUCCACCGCCAGUAUUUCCUUCCUUUGAAAGAUAUUUUUGCGAAAUAUUACACGUACCCAUUAUUUGAAUUGUUGUCGACAGUUUUCAUGUUUUA